AUCAUUGUGUCAUGAUCGGAAGAUGAAUGAAAAGUGCCCGCGUCCGAUACUCAUUCUACUAUGCCUAUUUUUAACACAACAAGGCGGUCAAUGCCAUACAAACGAGCCGAAAGUGCGCACGGGAUACGUAGUGUCGCGCCUCUAUCGUGAACAGCUCAUCAAUAUGGUAAAUAUACAAGACAAGGAUGUCGAGCCGUGUGAAGAUUUCUUUGCACAUGCUUGCGGCUACUACGAUGAGGUGAUGCGUGCUGAUGAUGGGCAGGUGAGUGAGGAGGUCGGCGAACCGGUAGUACCGCCAUUUUUAUAUAACUACGAAGAUCGCAUGCAUUUCUUCGAACGUAGUAAGGAGAAUUUCGCUACAGCUUCGGGUCAACUGUUGAGCGUACUUUACAUCACAUGCAAGAAACGUGGUGAGCUCAAUGAGAUGAGACGUGGUAGUGGUGCAUUAACUCAAUGGCGUCGCAUGUUACGCGAAAUACCCUUUCUUGCGGAGAAUGCGCGCCUCUAUACGGAGUGGCCUUUGUUGCGUCAUGAGUGGGAGGAGCUGGAAGUCCAGCAUGCCUACUUAGAUUGGGUGCAGUUGGCUGCUGAUUUUGCCGCACACGGUGUACUGAAUUUCGUACGCAUCUUCUUUGCUAAAGGUACAAUUUUCGUAACGCCCGUUAGACCACAAGAAGAUAUUCGCUGUGAAGCGUAUGAGGAGUGGAAAAGGCAAUUGCGCAAAUUUCGACGUAAAGGUGGAAAGCAAGCGUUGCAGGUUAUAGUGAGUGAACUGCACACAUUCUGUCGUAUGUUAAUUGGAGAAUUGCCGUUCGAUAGCGAAUUGUAUGCUGAAACUGAUGGUCGUAACAAGGGCCCACGUAGUUCCUUUAAUUUCAUUGAAUACUCGCGUCUUUUUCUAGACAACUUGCAGUUGGACAAAGAUGUUGUUAGUGAUGCGCGUGAGAUAGUAAUGGAGGGCGAACGCUUGGAGGAAAUCGCCACACUUAUACGCUCUACACAUCCAAGUGUGCUUUUUAACUUCAUAAUUUGGCAGGCUUACGAAACGCUACGUUAUGAAGACUGUUUUCUACUCACCGAAGAGUUUGAAGAUCUACUGUUGUCAGAGUACUGGAAUUGGGAUGUGUUCAAGGAGCAUUUUAGUCGUCAAGUAGCGUUAGCGACGUAUCUCUAUCAUACCACACGUUUUCAGCAGCAACGACGUACUGUGCUUCUGGGAGAGCAGUGGGAUCGCUUUCUCUAUGCCAAACUACAGCGUAGUGAUUUCAAUUUGCCGCGUCUACUUGCUACCUAUGCAAAAAUCAAUUUAGAUCCAGCAAACCUCACCGCCAUUUACGAGGCAGACAAAUUUGUCACAGGAAAUUUUUAUGGAAAUUUGCUCGGCAUGCGUCGCAGUAAACUGAGAAAUACUUUCUUUAUAGAUUACAUCGAUUCCGAAGACUACAAUCAUCCUACAUACUUCUUGCGACAUUUCAUCUAUUUUACCAUUUUGACCUUAGAACGUCCCCUGUUCCAUUACUUCGCCACCCUGGGUUUUGAACUGUGGCACAAGGCGGAUUUACUUUAUAAUUCGGAUGGGUUGUACACAGCCAUAGAUUGCUUGGAGCGUCAAUCACUGUUGACCUUCGAAGAUGCUACAAACUUUCAGUUCCUAGACGACCAACAAGUUGCCGAUGUUUUCCGAUUUUAUCGCACAUUUACUGAGUCCUUACGAGAUUAUGAUUUUUGGUUGGAAGGUGAAUCAUUCGCUUUUGCUGAAGAGUACGUGCUGGAGCACUUUAAUUUGACUUCGAAACAAAUAAUGUUCUACGCUGUGGCGCAAUUAUAUUGCGGACGAAACGAUGCCUGGUAUGGGCUUUUGAUCAAUAAAAGUUUCAUGAAUAUGCCUCAAUUCGAAGCGGCAUUUGAAUGUGCGGAGGAAGCACCAAUGAAUCCUCUGGUCAAAUGCAUGAUUAAUCACUGUGAGGUCUAGUAAAUCGUUAUAUAGGUAUUACUGUUAGUGAGUAUAUUAGGUGUAAGUACGGGUACAUGGUUAUGUUUCAAGAUUUGUAAUUAGAUAAUAUAAUAUGUACAUAUAAAUGUUAGUGUGUUUGUAUGUAUGUCUUGAUUUAGUGAAAAAAUAAAAUAAA